AUGACAAUUCAACUUAUUCAAGAACGCAGCAAAAAUUCGGUCAUAACUGCCAUGAACCAGUUCAUACAUUCUGUAGAUGAAAUGGACUCGACUGUGCUUGUUCCAAGGCGUCUUAUGGAUAUACCGGCCGUACAGCUACAACGUAGACAACUUGAAGUAGACUUACCGACAGAGCCAGAGGGCAGAGAAAUGUUACACGAUAACAUUGACUUGUUUAAGUUUUAUACGAUGUUAGUUCAGACGAGAGAUGAACUAAUAUGGGGAGGAGCCAACACUGAUGAAUCAAACAGUACUUGCCGACAAAUUGUUAAACAGUUGCAGCAGUUUUCACGAAUUUUUAACGAUCUUACAGACAUGGCUAUUCAACUCAAAGAACGAUAUGAACAUGAUGUUAAUAAUGGGAGUGGAGGGAACUCACUUAGAUAA